AUGGACCCCGUCAUUAUAACGCCGGACGAUGUAGCUGAGGCGGUCCGAAGGGCCCCGAACUGGAAAAGUCCGGGGCUCGACGGGCUGCAUCACUACUGGCUGAAGGGGUUCGUGGUGUGUCACGCUGUGCUCGCCCGACAAUUUCAAGAGGCUCUCGACCAAAAGUCGCUCCCGAGCCUCUUCACUACUGGGAUCACUCAUUUGGUUCCUAAAGACCGGGAUACCAUAGACCCGAGCAAAUACCGCCCCAUCACGUGUCUACCCACGAUAUAUAAGACAUUAACAUCCAUUUUGAGCGCGAGAAUCACUCGUCACCUGAACUCAAAUCAGGUGAUGUCGCGCGCUCAAAAUGGAUGUCGGGGCGGUGGUCGUGGAACCAAGGAACCACUCCUCAUUGACGCGGUCAUUGGCAAAGUGGUUAAACGCAACCAUCGGAACCUAUCCGCCGCCUGGAUAGACUACAAAAAGGCAUUCGACUCGGUGCCUCAUACAUGGCUGAAGAGGGUCCUCGAGCUGUACAAGGUUGACUGUACAGUUAGAGACUUCCUCGGGUAG